UCGUCCGAUGGGGGCUCCCGGCUGCUAGAGUCCCUGGCCCUCUCACUCCCUUCCUCCUGCUCCCAGUGUGUGCCCCAGCUUAGCCGAUGGCUGAAGCCCGACGGCUGGAAGAAGAAGAGGAAGAGCUGCGGGAGCGCAGAGAGCUCGGAGCCUCCAGGAGAGUCCGGGGCCGAGCUCACUCCACUCACUCUGCUGCAGAUCGCAGUGAAAGAAAUAAACCAGAACACCGUUCUUCAAGUCAAGGACCCUUGUCAUCCAUUCGAGCUGUAAUCAAGAGAACUUCUAGGACUUCUGUUCAUGGUGAGCCACAUCGAGACAGGAGGCGCCCUGAAAUCACUAUUGUGGCCGCUGAGCCCCUCAGACCAGCUUCUUGGUUCCCAGGGGCUCCACCAGCACUAGGAUUUCCACCUUCUCCUGCUGCAACUCCAUGGAGAACAAGUGAGCUUAUUCCUUCUGAGCUUCCACCAUCUUAUGAGCAAGUGAUAAAAGAAAUCAACCAAGUCCAAGUCAGUACCGGGAGUAAUAGUAAUGCUCCCACAACACCAAGGAGAACCAUCACAUCUGCAACUCAGACAGACUUCCCAGAGGAGAUAGGCAACUCCCUGUCUGGAAGUAAUGCAAAUAAGCCACCUGUCCCUGGAAAAUCCAAUCCAGCCCUAGCGGUUCAGCCUCCUCCCAAGCCUUUACAGCCAUCUUCAUCGUCCUCGACCAGUAAUCUUUUGAAAGAUGUGCCUCCUUUAAUUGUCUUUGAUGUUGAGGAACAGACUUGCCAAGACAACCUCAAUGUUGGGACAUGUCCUGUGCCCAGGCCAAGAUCAAAAGUCAAUCUCAAACCUAUAGUCAGAGAUACUCCAAGCAACCUAAGAGACCAUCAGGAAUCUAGUCAGCCAGCGGUUCCAAGGGAAGCAUCCCCCACUCAGUCCCUGUUCUUGUUAGAUGGGAGCAGCUUAGAAAGUCAAGCAGCGGUAAACAGUAUGAGCACAGAAAGGAACCAAGCUAGUAUUGUGUCACGGAUCAAAGCUUUUGAGUCCCAACCAAAUGCUGAAAACUCAGGAUUAUCUAAGAAACCAGAAAUUGCUCCCCGGACAUUUCCCCCGAGGCCUGCAGGAAAACCUACCGUGGCUCCAAAGCCAUCCAUUAAUAGAGCUUCUGGAGAGUGGGACUCAUGGACCGAAAACAAACUCAAGGUUGCUUCCAAGGAAGGGCCCUCUCCUCCUUUGCACCCUCAGGAAGGGGGAGGCAUCCCAGGAACCAAACCCGAAGUGCCAAAGAAACCAAAGGCUGGCCUUGUACAGAGUAUUACUAAUGGCCCACUGGACAUUCUAGGAAGCAGGUUAUCCGUGGAGAUCCCCGAAAAGGAAAAGAGAAUUCCAACUCCAGCACCCCGGCCUCUACCGCCGAAGAAAUUACCCUCCCUAGAAGACCCUGCCUUUCCUGCCCCACCACUGAAACCAGUCACUGCUUCUCCGAGGCUUUCUGUAGCAACCCAGGCCAGAGCCUUCAGGUCCCUGGGAGAAGGGCCGAUGGGCCCAGCCGCCCCUUCCCCUCAGUGCCCACCGGUGGUGGAAGCCGAUCUCAUCAGUUUCGAUGAUGACGUCCUGCCGGCUCCAUCGGCGAAGCUGGCUGAAGAACACCUGAGUUCAGACAUGGGCCUGGAUCCCUUUCAGCUCCCCACAAAAGCUGAACCACCAAAGGAACGAGUUGUCCAACCAGCGCCCACGCGAAAGCCCACUGUGAUCCGGAUUCCAGCCAAACCAGGGAAAUUGUUGCAAGAUGAUCCGCAGACACCCCCACCUCUACCUGCUGAAAAGCCUAUUGGAAAUACUUCUGGCACAACUUCUGGAAAACCCAGUAAUGCUGGCAGAACCAGAUGCUCAGAUUCUGAGUCCUCACUUCAAGCAGGAAGUUCUUCUAAAGGACCUGUGCUGCCUCCAAGACCUUUAGAUGGAAAAGUCAUCCCAGCUCGACCUCCUCCACCAAAAGGGGCCCCUGGGAGGCCACCUCCACCCAAGCUCUCUGGACCCAAGGGAUCUUCUCAAAAACAAAUUUUUGGUCGCUCUUCAUCAGAUGUAGAUCUCCAGAAUAAACAAAGUGCCUUAACAAUGGAACUCACAAGGGCCAAAAGCCAAAUCUUACGGAAACAAGAACCAGUGUUGCCUCCUCGACCCAAACCAGGACACCCUCUUUACAAGAAAUACAUGCUGCCUGUGCCUCAUGGAGUUGCCAAUGAAGACACUGUCUCUCAAAACCCUGGAGAGCUCUCUUGUAAGCAUGGAGAAGUGCUGGUGCUGCUGAAUCAAACUGAAGAUAGUUACUUGCAGUGCCAAAAGGGAGAGGAAAUGGGCAGAGCUCACCUGUCACAGAUGAAGAUUACCACCUCACUUGAUGAGCAUUUUAAAAGCAGAUCAAAAGAUACAACCAAUGUACAGAAAUCUGAUGACAGUAAUGUCCCUCAUGCACUUGUGCUACAUGAUUUUCCAGCAGAGCAAGCUGAUGACUUGAACCUCACUUCUGGAGAGACUGUUUAUCUUCUGGAAAAAAUAGACAGUGAUUGGUACCGAGGAAAAUGUAGAAAUCAGACUGGCAUAUUUCCUGCUAACUAUGUCAAAGUAAUUAUUGAUGUUCCCGAAGGAAGUAAAGGGAAAAAAGGAUCCAUUUCAUCCCACUGUGCUAUAGGUCCCAGAUGUGUGGCUCGGUUUGAAUACAUAGGAGACCAAAAGGAUGAGUUGAGUUUCUCAGAAGGAGAUAUGAUUCUCCUCAAAGAAUAUGUCAAUGAUGAAUGGGCCCGAGGAGAAAGGAAUGGCAAAACGGGCAUUUUCCCACUUAAUUUUGUUGAAAUCAUUGAAGAUCUCUCUGACCAGAGCACCAAUAUGGCUGCAACUUCAAGUAAAAGAACUCCACAGAAUACAAGGAGUAAUGCUUCUGGUUCACAUUUACAGAAGGAUCAUUGUUCUGGUGAAUGGUGUGAAGCCCUCCAUGAUUUUACAGCAGAAACUAAUGAAGACUUGCCCUUUAAAAAGGGAGAUCGUAUCUUAAUCAUUGAGCAUCUGGACUCUGAUUGGUAUAGGGGCAGAUUGAACAACACUGAAGGAAUCUUCCCAGCAGUCUUUGUUCAGCCCUGCCUUGGUUCCAUAGCUGAGUCAAAAUUGAUACCUGCUUCAGGACGGAAGAAAGAAAAGGCCAAGGCUUUAUAUGAUUUCCAUGGAGAGAACGAAGAUGAGCUUUCCUUCAAGGCUGGUGAUAUAAUAGCAGAGCUGGAAUCUGUAGAUGAAGACUGGAUGAGUGGAGAACGAGCAGGAAAAUCUGGAAUAUUUCCCAAAAACUACAUUCAGGUUCUACAAGCAUCCUAAGAAUGAACAGUGUUUGUUCAAUGGGAAGAAGCAUGUGACUCAGCCAGUACAAAAAUGUCCCUUGCCUUUGGUAUCACUUGAACUAUUACUUUGACUAUCAAAUACAUGUUUUUGCACUAUUUUUUUUUUACUGUAAGCAAAGUGUGUAACAUGGUACCCUAGAAUUUCCUGAAAGUGGAAAAGGUCUAGGUUUUGUUUUACAUUUUCAUUCAUGAUAGAAGCAUGUACAAGUUAAACCCAUACACUGUGGAUAAUCUAAAAGAACCCAAGCAGAAUUAGCAGGGUCAUUUCUAGUUUUCAGCAGGGAAAAUUGAGGGAGUGGGAAAGUCUUUCAAGCAGACCGUUACUUGUGUGUAUUUGGGGUGUUAAAAGUACAAGUGAAUUAACCUUGCUUAUGAAUUUUUUUCCUUUAAAAUGACAUUUAUGCUUUCUAUAUAUCUUAAUUAUCAUGAUAUGAUUGGUAACAAACUACAUUUUUUGAUAUUCAAAUGUAAUUAUAACAGCUUGGGUACAUAUCCUUUAUUUUAAGGGCAAUUCCCUGCUUUAUACUGGGUAGGCUCCUGAAAAUCUUCCCAGCACAGGGUGUAAUAAUGCCCUGUAAUGGCCGCAUUCAAAGACUGCAGUCUCUAACAGGGAUUGGGAGGGAAGAAGGAAAGACUGGUACAUUUUAAUCCUUGUAACUUUCUUGCCUUGUAAAACCUCCAAAACACCCUUGAAAUACGCCUCACUAAAGCUCCUAAUACUUACCUGCCAGCCAUAGUUCUUUCUCUUUCCUCAACAUAUGCUUUACUUUAUUAGGGCUAUCACCUAGCACAGCUCUGCAUCUGAGAACACUCCUGUGACAAUUACUAGUAUCCAGAGAAAAAUUCAUUUUCUUUGAAUUACCUCAGUAAUACAUAAGCGGUGGCUGCUUCUAUUGCUGCAAUAUGAAUCAUAUGCAAAAGUCUCAGACUGCAGAGCAACUGUCAAAACAGCAAGCAGAUACCCAGAGCAAAUUUCUUCAGAGGUGACGUAAGUCAGCCCUGUAGACAAUUUCACUGGGUACUUUUUUGUUUAUCUUUUCUCUGCUUAUCCUUGCAUGGAGAUUAAAAUAAGUAAAGCCACUGUCCUGCUGGCAGUCAUGAUGGAUUCCAGCCCCUGGUCAAAGCAGUUGAUUUAUAAGACCAAAUCAAUUAUAAUUUAUGAGCCUGAACUAAGGAAGUUAAAGACAAUCUUCCAAACACAUUGGCAGAAGAGAAAUAUGUUUAAAAAUAUAAAAUUUUCCAAAUUAUGUUCGAAGGCUUGAAUUUGGGUGAAAAAAUAUUGUAUAUAAAUCUCAUGCCUUGUGCCAAUUUACUUUCAGUCAAUAGUCUAUUACGUGCCCAAUAUUGUAUGUAUGAUAAUCCUUAACUUACUAAUAGUUUAGAAAUCCAUUUGUUGUUUUAUCUUGUGUUAUGUUGUGUUAUAGGGUGGAUUAUUAAGAGUGGGAAUGGGAGCACAGGUGAAGAUUUAAAAGACCCGGGCUAGAUCUGCUGGUUUUAUUUACCACUUUGCAUGUUUUUGCCAACAAAACCACUUUUGCCUUGAAUUUUUCUUUCUUCUUAUUUUGAAAUUCAAAUCCUCUGUAAUUUGAUUGAAAGCCCACAACUUUUAGAAUAGAAUCCCUUUUAAAAUGAGUUUUUAGAAGGGAAUAAACAAGAAAACUUAAUAACUGUAAACUUAAUUGCCAUUUAUUAACCUUAGCUGAAAAAGCUUUCUGCAAGUCUCUUUGCUCAAAUAACAAUUUUUUUCUUUAAUCCAUGAAUACUUUGAAUUCACAACUUUCAUGUUAGUUCACCAAAUGCCCUGGGAAACAUUGAAGCUGCCCAUAUUAUUCGACUCUAGAUUCAGGGAUAGAGCUGCCAUACAUUGUCAUUCAUUCUAACCAUGGGAAGCCAAAAUGUGGCUUAAUGGAUUUUGACAUGUACUAUCACCAUGGAAAGUGGCCUUUUAAUUUAAGGCAAAAUUCAUCUAGGUUCAAUGUAAUUGCUGUAGGAUGGAACCAGUAAUAUUUGCAGGCUCCAUCUCCAUGCUAAAACUGCAAAUCUUCUCAAGCAAUUGAAAGAUUUGGGAGAAAAUUUAGAAGAAAGCCUACUUCAUAAUACAUUAUGUUGCCAAUCCCUUCAAAAUUUCUAUUCUUUAAUAGAUAAGAAACGGUAUAGUCAAGAAAUGUCUUUAGGUUACCAAAUAUGAUAUUGUUUAUAGAGUUGACUGUGAAGAUAGAAAGACUCCUACACACUGCUUGGCAUAUUAGGUAUUAUUAUAAUUGUCUUAAAGGGGAGUUUGAGAGAUAUUAAGGUUACUUUGUACAGUAGAACUUAUCUACUCUUUUAACUCCAAGAUAUACUUUCCCUUCUAAGAAUUAAAGGCCACUAUAAAAGAUGUCCCAUUUUACAUGGGCCAGUGGGACAAGGUUAUGCUUAUUCUCUUUAUCAUUACUUUUGAAAAAGUCCUUCACUUGUGGAGAAAAAGGAAAUGAGUCUGAAAAAUCAAUAGUCGGUACAUUUGCCAAAAGUUUUGGCUAGAACAGGAUAUUCGAGAAUAGUGAAGAAAAACAAAUCUCCCAAAAGGCACUAAAAGCCAGAGACAGCAGUGCUGUUAAUUUGUCAUGAUGGGCUUUAUUGACUUAAAAGUUCUUUCUCAAGGUAAGAUGAACUAAUCUUACGCAGAUGUUGCCGAGUAGAUCAAGUUUUGAAUAUGUUCACUUUGGUAAAUAUUAACACACUUGUGUCUUUUGUCAAAUCAACAGGUGCUACAUGAAUUACAUUGCAACACCAUUCUAAAUAAACACUAGUAUUCCAGCUAAGUGUGUCAAAACUUCUAAUGGGAAGUCAGAGAUCUUAAAGUCCUAUAUUUCCACUUGUACUUGGAAAAAUGAUUGGGAAAGCCACCAAUUUAGUGCAAUAUUGCCAUCUAGAGACCACUGGGGAGAUUGCAUCAUCAUCAAGGCCUUUAAAGCAUCCUGAAAUUCUCCUUGAUGCCAAAUAACAAAUAGAAUUGAUUUAUUUUAUUGGGUUAUUAAGAUUGACAUUUUCUUUGCAACAUUUGUAAUCGACCAGUUUCAGAGGACUCUUCACAGACCUUGAAUUAUCUCAUUGAAGAAAGAAGACAAGUUCCAACUCAGAUCCUCAGUCUUAUUCUAGACCAUUUAUAUUAAAGUGUUUGCAGCUACCUAGAAAUUCAAA